AUGGAAACAACCACACCACCACCCAUCCAAACAACCACAUCCCCAAGCAUGGAAACAACCACACCACCAACCAUCGAAACAACCACCGCAACAACCAUUGAAACAACCACAUCCGCAACCAUCGAAACAACCACAUCCUCCAUCGUGGUAACAACCGCUUCACCAACCCUCAAAACAACCACAUCUACAACCAUGGAAUCAACCACAUCACCCAGCAUGGAAUCAACCACCUCCCCAACAAUCGAAACAACCACAUUCCCAUCCAUCCCCAUAACCACAUCACCCACUACCACCACGUCAACCUCCUCCACCACCUCAUCCACCUCAACCUCCUCCACCACCUCAACCACCUCAACCCCCUUAACCCCUACCACCACCUCCACCACCUCAACCCCCUCCACCACCUCCACUACCUCAACCCCCUCCACCACCUCCACCACCUCCACCACCUCAACCCUCUUAACCACCUCCACCACCUCCACCACCUCAACCCCCUUAACCCCUACCACCACCUCCACUACCUCAAUCCCCUCCACCACCUCCACCACCUCAACCACCUCAACCACCUCCACCACCUCCACCAACUCAACCCCCUCCACCACCUCCACCACCUCAACCCCCUCCACCACCUCAACCACCUCAACCCCCUCCACCACCUCCACCACCUCCACCACCUCAACCCCCUUAACCCCUACCACCACCUCCACCACCUCCACCACCUCAACCCCCUUAACCCCUACCACCACCUCCACUACCUCAAUCCCCUCCACCACCUCUACUACCUCCACCACCUCAACCGCCUCCACCACCUCCACCACCUCAACCCCCUCCACCACCUCCACCACCUCCACCACCUCAACCCCCUUAACCCCUACCACCACCUCCACCACCUCAACCCCCUCCACCACCUCAACCACCUCAACCCCCUCCACCACCUCCACCACCUCAACCCCCUCCACCACCUCAACCACCUCAACCCCCUCCACCACCUCCACUACCUCAACCCCCUCCACCACCUCCACCACCUCCACCACCUCAACCCUCUUAACCACCUCCACCACCUCCACCACCUCAACCCCCUUAACCCCUACCACCACCUCCACUACCUCAAUCCCCUCCACCACCUCCACCACCUCAACCACCUCAACCCCCUCCACCACCUCCACCACCUCAACCCCCUCCACCACCUCCACCACCUCAACCCCCUCCACCACCUCCACCACCUCAACCCCCUCCACCACCUCCACCACCUCAACCCUCUUAACCCCCACCACCACCUCCACCACCUCAACCCCCUCCACCACCUCAACCACCUCAACCCCCACCACCACCUCCACCACCUCAACCCCCUCCACCACCUCAACCCCCUCCACCACCUCAACCCCCUCCACCACCUCAACCACCUCAACCCCUUUAACCAUCUCAACCCUCUCCACCACCUCAACCCCCUCCACCACCUCCACCACCUCAACCCUUUUAACCACCUCCACCACCUCCACCACCUCAACCCCCUCCACCACCUCCACCACUUCAACCCUCCUAACCCCCACCACCACCUCCACCACCUCAACCCCCUCCACCACCUCCACCACCUCAACCCCCUCCACCACCUCCACCACCUCAACCCUCUUAACCCCCACCACCACCUCCACUACCUCAACCACCUCCACCACCUCCACCACCUCCACCACCUCAACCACCUCAACCCCCUCCACCACCUCAACCCCCACCACCACCUCCACCACCUCAACCCCCUCCACCACCUCCACCACCUCAACCCCCUCCACCACCUCAACCACCUCAACCGCCUCCACCACCUCAACCCCCUCCACCACCUCAACCACCUCAACCCCUUUAACCAUCUCAACCCCCUCCACCACCUCCACCACCUCAACCCUUUUAACCACCUCCACCACCUCCACCACCUCAACCCUCCUAACCCCCACCACCACCUCCACCACCUCAACCCUUUUAACCACCUCCACCACCUCCACCACCUCAACCCUCCUAACCCCCACCACCACCUCCACCACCUCAACCCCCUCCACCACCUCCACCACCUCAACCCCCACCACCACCUCCACUACCUCAACCCCCUCCACCACCUCAACCCCCUCCACCACCUCAACCCCCUCCACCACCUCCACCACCUCAACCCCCUCCACCACCUCAACCCCCUCCACCACCUCAACCCCCUCCACCACCUCCACCACCUCAACCCCCUCCACCACCUCAACAACCUCAACCACCUCCACCACCCCCACCACCACAACCACAACCACCACAACCACGACCACCACAACCACGACCACCACCACGCCCACCACCACUACGACCACCACCACCCCCACCACCACUACAACCACCACCACUACCACAGUCACGAGUCCAGGUCAGUGCCUGAAUGGUGGCACCUGGGAAGAUGGCAAGUGCGUGUGUCCCGAGGGCUUCCAAGGUGACCACUGCGAGGAGCUCAUCUGCCAAAACGGGGGCACCUGGGCCAACGGCCUCUGCCAGUGCCCCCCCGAUUUCCAGGGGGACAGGUGCGAGACCGCCAAGGACAUCGUGGAGAUCAAAAAUGUGACGAUGAACGCGACGGUGGUGAUGACGACCAAAAUCGAGAGGGAUUUUGAUGAAAAUCUCAAAAAUACAUCCUCAGAGGCUUACCAGAAGUUUAACGAAACAUUCCAGAAGCAGAUGUGGGAGCUUUAUAAAGAUAUCGAGGGGUUCAAACGUGUGGAGAUCAAAAACCUCAGCUCGGGCAGCAUUGUGGUGGACUAUGACGUCAUCCUGGAGAUCCCCGCCAGCUCCAAGGCCCAAGAGAUGGUGACCAUCAUCUCUGAGAACCUCGUCGCUGCCAUCCAAAACUACAACUGCAGCGAGAACUGCACGGGGGACGACUGUAUCUGCUUCAACACCAACUCCACCUCAGUCCGCGGCACUGACGUGCAACCGCUGGAAGAAAAUCUGUGCGACACCUACAUCAAGGAGGAGUUCAGAAGCUUCUACACGCUGUACCUGACCAGCGCCGGCGUCAUCUGCAUCACCCGCUGCGACGCUCGCCACGCCGACCCCCUGCCCUGCGUCCACGGCCGCUGCUCCGUGGACCGGGCGGGGCCGCGGUGCGAUGACCUCACCACCAUGACCACCAUGACCACCAUGACCACCAAGACCACCAUGACCACCAUGACCAUGAUGACCCCAUGA